AUGAGGAGACCGUGGGAAAAUGGGGAGACCGAGGGAAGUGGAGGACAAAUGGAAGAAGUUGAGAGACCGUGGAAAAUAGAGACCCUGUUGAAGUCGUGCGAGGAGGUGACACUGACGGUAGCCACGACGAGUCAACUUCCUACGUCGGUGGUGGUGGCCCAGACGUACUCUUGGGUCACCCCUGAGGGCCGCGCCACUAGCCCACCCCCUGAGUACAACCCCCGCCUCCACCACCACCAAGUGUCCAGGGUGGAGGUGGAGGUGGUGGGGUCAGAGUCGCUGGGGUUGAUGAUCCGAGGAGGGGUGGAGUACGGCCUGGGCAUCUUCAUCACCGGCGUAGACGACGACUCUGCCGCUCACAAAGCUGGCCUACAGGUAGGUGACCAGAUCCUGGAGGUAAACGCGGAGAGCUUCCUGGCGGUGACGCACGACACGGCCGUCAACAUCCUCAAGUACUCGCGUCGUCUGCGUCUGGCGGUGCGUCGUGUGGGUAAGGUCCCCCACUCCUGCACCACCUACGACAGGCGUUGCUGGCCGCCUACCCAGAGCAACGGAGAGACCUCGGCGGAGAACAUGGAGGCGACGCUGGCGAUGAUCGAUGAGAAAUCUCAGAGGGUGCUAACACGAACCCACCACGCUAGGCUGAAAGAGGUGGUGAGUGACUACGCCGCCGGCAGGAUACCCGUAGAACACCUUCUCAUCACCACCAGGGACCUCCUCAACUCUCCCGACAAGAUGAGCCUGCUGACGGAGCUGCGGGAGGUGGUAAGACCAGAGGACCAGGACAAGUUCGACGCUGCCGUGUUCCGCACCGCCGCCAGGGUGCAGGACAAGCCCCAACGGCGCCACAGCCACACUGGCGAACUCAACGGCGCCGCUGGCGGAAAACCUCUGCCCAAAUCCCUCCACGCCCCUACCGCUCACCCGCAGAGGUCGGCCCUCUCCCACGCCCGCACCAAAAAGUACGACGACUUCUCCAAGCCCCAAAACAGCAGGGGUCGUGAAGAGUACGACCUCCUGCCUUCCACGAGGGUGAGGGACGAGUUUGACCUAUCCCCGUCCAGAUUAAGAGACGAUUACGACUCCUCCUCACGGUUAAUAGAUGACUAUGACUCUCCCUCGGCCAGAGUGAGAGAUAACUAUGAUAUCUCCCCGUCCAGAGAGAUUGAUGACUAUGACCAUUCUCCAUCUAGAAGAGAGGAGUAUGAUCCCUCUCCACUAGUGAGGGACGAGUAUGAUCCAUCAACACGAGGGAGGGACGAAUACGAUCCCUCGAUGCGAAGUAGGGACGAGUACGAUCCCUCAACACGAGUGAGGGACGACUACAAUACCUCGACACGAGGUAGGGACGAGUACGAUCCCUCGACACGAGGGAGAGAAGAAUACGAGUCCUCUGCACUCAGAGGGAGAGAGGAAUACGACACUUCGUCCCGAGUCAGGGACGAUUACGACCCAGUACCUGCUCGAGUGAGAGACGACUAUAACUACGAUCCACCCCAUCCUGGGCGACACCGGAACGACUACGACACGAGGGAUGAAUACACCCAGCAGGCGGGACGCUGCCACGAGAACUACGACGUCUUGGCAGACGAGUACGAGGUUGGGGUUCGCACCAGCUCCCGGGAGGACUUCAACUCAACGCCACACUUCAGGGAGGUGUUCGACGAGUCACCUUCCAGAAACCACUUCGCAUCAAAUCAUCUUCAAGUAAGUACACGAUUUUCUUUGAUGAGUUUUCCCUAAAAGAGUAGCGAUGUCCUGUGGGAGAUUCACACCAGAUGUUUUGCUGUAAUGGGAGUCGAAUCUACUUGCCAGAAUCACUGUUAGUUUAAAUAGGUGAGUGAUCCUUGUCUUUAUGAUUGUGUUGAUGACGGGUAAUGGACUGUUUGUAUUGAUGAGAUUCAUUAUUUCAAUGAUGUCUGGAGAGCUCUUUGAUUCUGUCAUGGU